AUGGGUAACUUUCUUGAAAUUCUCUCAUGGUAUGCCAAAAAAUGUGAUAAAAUCUAUGAUUAUGUACUAGAACAUGCUCCUCAAAAUGAUCAAAUGAUUUCUCCAAUGAUUCAAAAAGAUAUUGUGAGUGCGUGUAAAAUAGAGACCGUUAAAGCUAUUCUUGAGGAAUUAAAUGGUGAUUACUUUGCCUUGCUAGUUGAUGAAUCCUUUGAUGUGUCAAGCAAGGAGCAAAUGGCUAUUGUAUUUCGGUAUAUUGAUAAAAAGGGAUUUGUGAUGGAGCGACUUAUUGACAUUGUUCAUGUUCAAGAUACUAGUGCUUCAUCUCUAAAGGAGGCAAUUGUUAAUUUACUUGCUCAACAUUCUUUGAGUCCAUCAAGUGUGCGUGGACAAUGUUAUGAUGGGGCAAGCAAUAUGCAAGGUGAGAUCAAUGGCCUUAAAAUGUUGAUUAGGCAAGAAAGUAGAUCGGCUCAUUCCAUCCAUUGUUUUGCUCAUCAACUUCAACUAACUCUUGUUGGGGUCUCUAAAAAGUGUGUUGAAGUGGGAAAACUUGUAGUAUUGGUCUCAAAUAUUUUAAAUAUAUUGGGAUCUUCUUUUAAACGUAUGGAUGAAUUACGUGAUUCUCAAAAAGAAAUAAUUAAAGAGGCAUUAGAUAUGGGUGAACUUACAACCGGUAGGGGCUUGAAUCAACAACUUGGUCUUUCAAGAGCUUGUGACACUCGUUGGGGAUCUCAUUAUAAAUCCUUUAAUAAUUUUAUUAUUAUGUUUGGCUCUAUUCUUGAUAUUCUUGAAUCACUUGCUCUUGAUGCACGAAAUUGGAUGAAAGAGCUAAGGCAAUGGGACAUCUCGAAGCUUGCCGAACAUACGAGGUUGCGUUCAUGUUGCAUUUGA